AUGGGUGGGGGUGAUCGAACGGCUGAAUCUACUCCCGUCACUCUUCUUCCCGAUGCCAGCGGCGGCGGCGAAACCAACACCCCUACGCCACCCGCCUCCUCCGCAACCGCCGCCGCAACCGCCGGCGUGCCUAUCUCCUCGCUGCGUUUGCCCGGCCUUCAGUCUCUGAUUCUGCUCUCCGUUGUCGCGUACGCGGCCGUGAUUGGUUUCUCGCUCUCCGUGUCGCUUAAUCUUCCCGCCACUACCGCGCAGCUCGAAGCGCCCGGCGGCAGCCAAGUGGACGUUUCGAGCGCCGACGGCGGCGGUAUUGGCGCACGCGUGAAUCGCGGAGGAAACGCGAUUACCAUUGGUGAAAUCCUCCGCGAACCAUGGCGGUUGAUCUUCCCCGGGGGGGGCGGGGCAGACCUGCUCAAUGCGCGGCUGGGCUCUGCGCGGACGGAUCGUCUGGAAGGGGGAAGCAGGCGGUGGGGGAAGGUGGGAGCGCAAGACAGGGAGCAUGAGAAAACGGGGGAAGGGGGAGAUGCGGACGAUAUGGAUGGCACGGGGGGGGCGCAAGGGGGGAGACAUGCGUGGGGGGAGAAAGCGGGCGCGGAUGCGGAUUGGAGCGAUGAGCAGGGGUUGCUGCAGCAGUUGAUGUCUCUAGCCGAAGAUGAUAGCGAGCGGGGCGGGCGGGAGGGGGAGAUGGCGGACGAGGCGGAGGAGGAGGGGGAGGAGGAGCGAUGGCGUAGCAAGGAGGAAGACACGAGGGAGAAGGAGAGCGAACUAGAGCCGCUGAAAGUGUUCCUGCUGCCUCUCACCCGGGAGUUCAACUUUGGCAUGCUGCAGCCCAUCCCAAUAUAUUUCUGCUCACUCUCUGCCUUGCCUUCUCUUCUCUCCCACGAGCUUGCUCACACAUCCACGCUCUCAACCAUCUUCUCCGCGCCUUUCCCCCCGCCGUCCCCCACCCCCUUCCUUUCCCAGCAAUUCGCAGACGAGGGACAUUGGCACAACGUCUUCCUGCCACGUGGCAUGCCCGCGUCAUGGCUGGCCGUUGCUCCCUCUACACCCUCCUCCCCUUCCUCGUCUUCCUCCCCUUCUUCCGCUGCCUCCUCCCAUUCCUCCCCAUCUUCCGGAAUCUCUUCAUCAACGUCCACUACCUUAGCGCCCACUAGCCCCUCCACUCACUCCUCCACUCUCUCCACUCUUCCCCCAUCGCCGCUCUCAUUGGAUUCGCCCCUCCACCCUACUUCUGUCGAGGAAAUGCCUUCGCUCACUCCUCCCGCACUCUCGCUUCCGGGUUCAGGUGUAGGUGUGGUAGGUGUUGGGAAUGAGCCAGGGGAUAAGAGCGAGCAGAGUAAUGUGGAGGAGGAGGAAGAAGAGAAGGAGGAGAAGGAAGAGGAAGAGAAGGGGAGAGACGUGGGUAUAGCAGGCGGUACUGGUGAUAAGAUGGAGGAGGGAGAAGAUGGCUUGCCAAAUGAACCCACCAGGGUGAAUGACCAGGGUGGAGGGAUUACAAGAGGAGAAGCAACAGCAACAGCAACAGCAACAGCAACAGCAACAGCAACAGCAACAGCAGCAGCAGCAACAGCAGCAGGGUUAACAGCAGCAGCGUCAGCAGCAGCAGGGGGGGGUAGAAACGAUGGUAGUGGUGGGGCGAGUGUUGCUGGCGGGGGUGCAGGGAGCGCAGUCAUAGACACAGGGCCGUGGGUGCGUGGGGGCAGCAGCGCCAGCAUUGCACGCUACUCUGACCUGCCUUAUGAGCUGCAGCACAGCGCAGAGUACUGGCUCACUCUCUCGCUCCUCACAGGCACGCUCCCUCCCCUCCCCUCGCCCCUCUCGCACCGCUCCCCUCUUGCACCACUCAUCUCUCUCCUCUCUCCUCCCUCUAUCCUCUCUCCCCUCUCGCUCCCCUCUCUCUCCCCUCUCGCUCCCCUCUCUCCCCCCUCUCGCUCCCCUCUCUCCCCCCUCUCGCUCCCCUCUCUCCCCCCUCUCGCUCCCCUCUCUCCCCCCUCUCGCUCCCCUCUCCCCCAAUACUCCUCGGAUCUCUUUUCUUGUGUACCGAGUGUGGAGGUGGUGGAAGAGGAGCAGCAGGCAGACGUGGUGUUUGUGCCCUUCUUCUCCUCGCUCGCACUCCUCCACACCUCUCUCAACCACUCCUCCUGGGCGCACUUCAACGCCCUACAGGAGAGGCUGUACCGGGGCAUCACAGGCAGCAGCGCGUGGGUGAGGCGGGGUGGGCGCGGCUUUGUAUUCCCUGCAGGGCACCCGCUGAGCCUGGACCCCAUCGUGCACCGCCUCUCCCAUGCCACUUUUCUUGCCGUCGAUUUCUGCUUCCAGCCUUACCAGGUGAUGAGGAGCAGCAAGGAUGUGAUUGUGCCGUACGUGCCAGUGGUCACUAAGUACGAGGAUGACCCGGGGGACUUCACCCGUCGCCCCACGCUGCUCUUCUUCCAGAGCCACCUCCUCGCGCGCUCCCAUGGCGGCUGGCUGAGGCAGCGCGUGCACGAGGUGCUGGCGGGGGAGGCGGCAGUGACAUUCACGGCAGUGGCGGUCUUCAACGAGCACGCACGGGCGUCCAACCAGGCGCUCAUGCGCUCCUCCAAGUACUGCCUCGUGCUCGAAGGCGACACAUCGUCAUCGGGUCGUCUGUUUGACGCGGUGGUGAGUGGGUGUGUGCCGGUGAUAAUAUCCGACGCCCUCAACCCGCCCUUUGAGGCCCGCCUCGACUACACACGCUUCUCCCUGCCCGUGCCCGCCGUGCUGGCGGCUCGUAGAGGCUUCCUGGUGCGCUACCUCUGGCAGCGCACUGCUGCGGAGUGGCACUCGCUGUGGCUGCAGCUGCGCAACGUUCGGAAGCACUUUCUAUUUGGGAGCCCUCACCGUGCCUGGAGUCCGGAGAACCUCAUAUGGCAAGACGUGCGUGCGAGGGUUCACAACCUGACAUUUACCCAGAACCGCCGCAGACGAAUCCAGCGGCUUAGGAUAACACUGACCCUUGCUCGCAUCCACGUCGUGCCGUUGCGUCGCUGUCGUGUCGAACCGUCUGAAAGCCCUCGCCGCGAGCCGCGAUCGACGCCUUGCGCACAUGACUUUGUGGCACCAGUCCCGGCAGGUGCAUGCGAAUUCGACUUCUUAACUUUCGCGCAGUCAUUUCAGGCUUCUUUUACUGCCUGGGUGCCAACUUUACUCGCAACGUUCUCUUGGCUUCACCCUGGAGUUUCGAAGCAGUUUCCUCCCAGUGCGACGUCUCUAAUACAGCUUCGCAGCAGGAAGCUCUACAGCAAUAGCAGCAGCAGCAGCAGCAGCAGCAGCAGCAGCAGCAGCAGCAGCAGCAGCAGCAGCAGCAGCAGCAUUAGCGGCACAGCCGAGCAGUCAGGGCCAGCAGGCAUGGCGUCGUCGUCGUCAGCGGCGGUGUCGAGCAGUCGCGCGCGCAUGGACCAGAUAGUAUCGGAGUUCCUCGCCAAGAGCCUGCACAUCAUCCUCGACUCCAGGCUGCCGUGCGCUGCUCAUGCACCCGCGGCACCCGCAGCGGCAGGCGCAGGCGCAGGCGCAGGCGGAACCGCAGGCGCAGGCGCGCAGCAGCAUCUCGACCCAGCCGUUGGGUUCUCCGGUCCUUCGCCCCUUCCUUCCCCUUCUCCGCGCCACGCUGGGUUUGGCGCUGCUGCUGAUGUGGCAACCGGGGAGGCAGGUGCGGGGGCAGCGGCCGCCGCGGGAGGUGGCGGGGGGGGUGUGGGCGGGGAGGCAGGGGCGCUGGCAGGCGCGGGAGUGGGCCCCGCGUCCCGCAGUAGGAGCCUGCGCCAGCACGCGCCUUCCCCGGAAGCGUUCAUCAGGCUGUCCGCCCCAGGGGUUGCGUCGGGCUCAGGCGCCGGCGUAGGCAUCGCUGCUGCCGCUGCUGCUGCUGACGCUGCCGCUGCGGCGUUUGCUUCUCUCGGGACCGGUUCUGGUCUAGGCUCGCAGUUCGGUGGUUCUGGCUCUGGGUUGGAAGCUGCUGGGCUGGGCGAUUAUGGAACGGGGCGACGAGACUCGGCGGGUGCUCCCGGUUCUUCUGCUGGUAGUGGCGGUAGUGGUGGUGGGGUGAGUGGCGGCGGAGUCAGUGGGCCGCUGUUGUUGGAGCGGUGGGUGGUGCGGUACGAGAGAAGGCGAGGCGGCAGCGGUGGCGUGGAGCUUGGUGAUGGCGCUGCUGGCGCUGGUGGGGGAGCGGGAGGGGCAGGAAGCGGCGGGGGGGGCGGAGGCGCAGGCGGAGGGGGAGGCGGAGGAGGAGGCGUGGCGGUGGAUAUUCCAGUGGUACCCGGGGCGGCAGCAGCAGCGUCGGUGGUAUCUGCUGUGGAGGUAGCGCCGCCAGUGAUCACGCGAGUGAUUACAGACUACGUGGGUACGGGCGGGUCUGUGGCGGAACCCCCGCACCACCGCCGCCCCAUCCGCCACUACCAGGCUCCCCCAGCGUCGCUCCCCCUCUCCUCCUCGCUCUCCUCCUCCGCGUCCUCCUGGUCCCCCUUCUCGCGGAGAGCGUAUGGGCUGCUCGCGGGGCUCCCCUUGCUGGUUUCCCCCUCCCCGUCCCCCUCGUCCUCCCCCUCGUCCCUCCCGUCGUCUUCCGCCGCGCAGCUCUCGUCGCUGUCCUCCCCCUCCGCCGCCGCCGCCGCGGGGCGCGCGCUGGUGAUGUUCGCGCGCAGGCACAGCUUCGGGGGGAUGGAGGAGAGGCGCGGAUCCGCCGUGGGCCGUUCCGCCUCCGCGGCCGUGGGUGCUGGGGGCGGGGAAAGCGGCAGCGGGGGAGUGGGCGCAGGGGUAGCAGCGGGGGGAGCAGCGGGGUUUGCAGGGGGGAGUGGCAGCGGGGGGAGCAGCAGCGGGGGGAGGGGGCCCAUGGGGGUAAGUUUGUGCCACGAGAUUGGGUCACCCAUUUAUCAACCCAUGGCAGCUUGGUGUUUUUUCACAUGGCAUGCUCUUUUUCCUCCGCGUUCCUUCAUGUCAUGUCCCUCGAUAUUCUUCCCUGUUCCAGUCCCCCUCCCCUUCUAG